GUGUAGGGGGGGUGUUCUCAGGUUCUCAUCCAUGCUUUCCUCUUAUCUUGGGAAGAGACAGCAGUCUCCAUUGGGAAUAACUGGGAAUAUUCUGACAGAGGCUGCAGCUACUGGGUUCAAAGCCUUUGACAUUGCUUGUAUUUUUUUUUUAAUUAUCUGGUGCAUCUUUCUUUUCUCUUCCCCCCUCCCUUUCUUUUAAAAUAAGUAGAACACCACCCCUCUUACCCCCCAUCAAGCCCCACCACCAAAUGGCUUGUACAAUUGAGAACCUGUCCUUGGUCCAUUGAAUUAAGACCCUAACAGAGCCAGCUGUGCUGGGAUUCAAACUAAUGACCUCAGACACAGAAGGACACAGUGGCAGCUGGUAGUCCUCCCCCCCCUCCUCCUCUCCCCUGCCUCUUUAGUUCAGAUUGUAUGUGGGCAGUCUCCUAGCUCUCAGCUGUAUUGUGUUUGCUUACAGUUUAUACUCGGAUGUAUUGUAGACUUUCUCAGUACUUCAUUUGCUAAUUUCCUGUUCAUUUUCCUCAUAGGGCCAUGGCUGUUUUUUUUUUUUUUUUCUUUUCUCCCUUCCCCUACUUUGCAGCAUUUGCAUGCCCCGACAGCACUUGUUCACACAUUCAUAAUGUUUAAAUGCCCUCUGCUUAUAGGUAGUAUCGCCCUCCCACCCCUGAUUUGCAUGUCCUUUAGCACUCCAAUUGCCCUUUUCCCUCGGCAUUCGUCACCCCGUCUUCCCUCUUUCCCUGGGGUAUCCUGGCUAUUAAUACAUUUUUCUCAGGAGGGUUACAAGAAGAGGGGAGGGGGAGAAGCUGUGCUUGGCUGUUAGGAGGGAGGGAGCUGGGAUAGGAAGUGUGGGGGGGUAGGAAUAUGAGAAAGGGGGUGGAAUCACGUCUUGAUAAUUGUUAUGCAAACGACCCGACUGAAAAAUGUUGGCGCUUUGGGGGGCGGGGGUCUAGUGAUGGAGGCUGUAUAUUUAUUUUAAAGCUUAAAAAAAAAAAAACACCCGCCCCCCUCCCUCCGUGCAGCCCGGUUGGAAUGACUUUCUUUAUUUUAGUUGUAACAGUUGGAGGAUAAUGCAAAGGAAGACGCAGCUGGCCCGGCAAUUCACCGUCUAUGGAAAUGCGCCACCGGAGAGGAAAUAAAGCCACCCUUCACCUUGCUCUCCCCACCCGGCCCCGCUCUCCCCUCCCCCCACCCAGCCCCCACCCCAGCACCACCAUCACCCCCUUCCCGCCCCCCCCACCUCCCCCCCUUUCCCACCCAGGGUGUCGGACCCGGCGGUCCCCCACCACUUCCACCCUGCACCCCUUCUUUCCCCCCUGCACCAUGAACAGCAAUGUCUGCGUGGAAACCGGGGCCGAGCCGGAGACCCCGGGUCUGCCUAAGGAGAGCCACCUGCCCGAGGGCGCCUUGAACAGCCUUGUGGAUUACAACUCGGAGAUGGAGCGCAACCGCUCGUUCGCCACCUCCUUCUACAAGACCAACGGGGGCGCCUUCCCGCAGGCCGCCAAGAUCGCGCGCAUCACCACGCCGAUCUUCCCGGGCAGCCCCGCCGCCCGCCCGCGGCCCGCCGCGCGCAUCGGCAUGGCCCCCUGGAACUGCGACAACGCGGCCACGGCGGCCGCCGCCACCGCCAUGCUCUGGGGCAGCGGCGGGGGCGGGGGCGGGGCGGUGGGCGCGGGCGGCGGCGGGGGCGGCGGCGGCGGAGGAGGCGGCGGCGGCGGCGGCGGGCGGGGCGGCGGAGGAGGCGGGGGCGGCGGGCGCGGCGGCAGGACCGGCAUCCCGCACCGCAACGACUCCCAGCGGCUGGCCAAAGCCGGCUGCCCGCCCGAGCCGUCGUUGCAGAUGGCCAACACUAAUUUCCUGUCCACCUUGUCCCCCGAGCACUGCAGACCUCUGGCGGGGGAAUGCAUGAACAAGCUCAAGUGCGGCGCGGCGGAAGCGGAGAUCAUGAACCUCCCCGAGCGCGUGGGCACCUUCUCCGCCAUCCCGGCUUUGGGGGGCAUCUCGUUACCUCCGGGGGUCAUCGUCAUGACCGCCCUGCACUCCCCCGCCGCCGCCUCGGCGGCCGUCACGGACAGCGCCUUCCAGAUUGCCAACCUGGCAGACUGCCCGCAGAACCACUCCUCCUCCUCCUCCUCCUCCUGGGGCGCCGGCGGGGCCAACCCCGCCAAGAAGAAGCGGAAACGCUGCGGGGUGUGCGUGCCUUGCAAGAGGCUCAUCAACUGUGGCGUCUGCAGCAGUUGCCGGAACCGCAAAACCGGACACCAGAUCUGCAAAUUUAGGAAAUGUGAAGAGCUAAAGAAAAAACCUGGCACUUCGCUAGAGGUUCAGAGGAGAUGA